AUGCCUACCAAACCCUCAGUACUCGUCGUUGGCGCUGGAGAGCUCGGUGCUGCCACAGCUGUCUCCCUGCUCCGGACAGGAAAGUUUGGCGAGGUUACAGUCAUAGAUAGGGCGGCGGAGCUUCCUGCCCUCGACGCGGCGUCUUGUGAUAUCAACAAGGUGGUUCGAUUCGACUAUGUCGAUGCCGACUAUUCAGCGCUGGCCAAGAAAGCUAUAGACGAGUGGAACAAGCCAGAGUGGAAGGGAAUCUAUCACCAGACUGGUGUGGUUGUUCGCGGUCUGCAUCUUCAAGACCAUCAUGGUGAAGGCAUGCACAAGACACUCAAGAAUGUCCAAUCUCAAGAGCCCCGCGUCAGAGUUCUGAACAGCCCUGAAGACUUCGUCCAGCUAUUGGGUCCCGACCCCGGCAUCAAAGUCGAUCCUCCUUCUCCGGAGGUCCGAGGCUACCACAAUCCAUCGGGCGGAUGGGCCAACGCAUCUGCCGCUGUCCUCAAGCUUUACUCUUUUCUGUCAGAGCUCGGGGGUAAGCUCGUGCCUUCUGCCGACCUGGUUGAGCUUUUAUACGACGAGAACAGAAAGGACGUCAGGGGUGUUCGGUGUGCCGAUGGCCGACAGUUCUUUGCUGACAAGGUCGUCAUUGCCUUGGGCUCUUGGUCGGGAAGUCAUCCGGCACUGAAGGGAAUGAUGCCUGAAGGCUUGAUCACCGCUACAGGACAGACUAUAGCCACUGUGCAGCUUUCGCCUGAACAGGCAAAGCGCUAUGCCAACAUUCCUGUUAGUAUGCACCAUGAUGGUAGUGGAUACUACUCUUUCCCUCCAAAUGAGGAUGGCAUACUCAAAUUCGCCUUGCAUCGGGCUGGCUACACAUCUGAGACAGGCAUUCCGAGGACGGCUGCCGAUCCCAAAGCAGUCGCUUACCACAAAGACAACGAAGUUGGAUGGAUACCCCAAGAAUCGUUCGACUCCCUGAAGAAUCAGCUCGCUAUCGUCUAUCCUGAGAUCGCCAGCCUCCCCAUAGCCUACACUCGUAUGUGCUGGUACUCUGAUGUCGUAGACGGGGAUUGGGUGAUUGACUACUCCCCUGAUUAUCCUUCUCUAAUCUUCGCUACGGGCGGUGCUGGGCAUGCUUUCAAGUUCCUCCCGAUCAUUGGCGACCUCAUUAGGGAUCGCAUUGAAGGUACCCUUGACCCCCAUCUUGCGCACAAAUGGCGAGUGACCCGUGCGCCCAAGCUCGAAGACCCUGCGAGGGUUGGGAUGUUGAGAAAGCCCCUUGAUUUGUCGUCUCUGGUUAAGAAGGAUGAGCUCCUGGGGAGCACGUCUGUCGCAAAGCUCUAA